AUGUCCGACGACGGCCCCCGUCUUAUAAGGCCUAUCCCUCGCCGUCCCUUCGAACUAAAUCACAUUGCUCCGACUCCUCCAGAAGACAACUCGUCUUCCCCCAGUCCGAACCCUGAAUUCGAUUUGUCGAGACUGCACAAUGCCCAAACAACGUCUUCAGAGUCCGGCUCCAUACCUCGCGCCCAGUCGGUACUUAACAUGACCGCAUCGACGCUGUUUGGGAUCUACUCGCCAACCACAUACGGCAGAGACUCGCGAGAUGAGCCGGAUACCCCCUGGGGUACUGGUGCGCAAACACCUAUCAAGAGGGACAAUGUUGACGACACCACAUUCGAGCUCAUGAAGGAUCGCUCCAAUCUGUUGCGUCGCCGGCCCUCGUAUCGAAGUGGAGCGAAGACUCCGCCUCCCUCAACAACAACCACGGCCCUGUUCAACCUGUCCCGCAUUGCACUUCUCUUUGUGAUUGGUAUGGGAUACGGACUAAUGGUCACGAGGUUGCAAAAUGAGCACAGAUUCUCAUCGUUCCAGGUCGACAGUAUGAUGAAGCCCGGCUAUGACUGGCAGUAUCUUACAUUAUGGGGCUUGUCUGGCGUUGGCCUAGGCGGCCUCCUCCCUUGGUUCGAUGGCGUAUGGGAGGAUACGUUUGGAAAGGAGGAGGUAGUUUUGGAGGAGACGAACGGCAGCCCACCACCAGAAGAUGUCAGCCCUGUAAAGGACUGGGCUGUGGUUGUCCGCAGCAUAGGCGCUUUUGUUGGCAUUGUAUUCGCCAUUCGAAAACUUCCCUGGGCAUCUACCCUCCAGGUGUCUCUCACUUUGGCGCUGGUUAACCCGUUUCUGUGGUAUUUGAUCGACCGUUCGAAACCUGGGUUUCUGCUUUCGGCCGCUGUGGGCUUGGCGGGAUCGGCUGUACUCCUCGGCAUCAACCCAGAUGUGAUGCCUACACCAUCAUCUCUGACCUACCGGAACGAGUCGGAGCGGGCCUACUCGGAGCCCAUCGCUCUCGGUGGGCUCGCCAGCCAAGAAACUAUUGAGACGGGCAUUUGGAUGCUCAGUGUUUUGUUCUGCAGCUGCGUUUGCUUUGGCAACAUUGGCAGACGAUUGGCGUUGAACAAGUCGGCGUCUGCGCGUGGCCGAUGGGCUGGUACCAGAUGA